AUGUCGGAGGUAGAUAAUUCAGCAGAGCCUGACAUUUCCCCUGAAAGUGAGGAAAGUCCUGCGGAAGAUGCAUUUGGCUUUGGGGAUGAUCUGGAGUUAAAUCAGUUCGAUGGAUUGCCCUUUUCCUCACGCUACUACAAAUUACUAAAAGAGAGGAAGACUCUGCCCGUGUGGAAGGUGAGGUGCGAGUUCGAGGAUGCUCUGGUCAACAACCAGCUGCUCAUUGUGUCUGGGACAGCGAAGACCGGGAGGAGCACGCAGAUCCCUCAGUGGUGUGCAGAGUUCUGUCUGUCUGCCCAGUACCAGCACGGCAUGGUCGUGUGCACACAGACCAACAGACAGCAGGCCGUAGAUCUGGCCUUACGCGUGGCGGAUGAAAUGGAUGUCAACAUAGGCCACGAAGUGGGUUACACCAUCCCCCUGGAGACCUGCUGCUCCUCCGACACUGUUCUGAGGUACUGCACUGACGAUAUGCUGCUGAGAGAGAUGAUGUCAGACCCUUUUCUGGAGCACUACGGGGUCAUUAUCAUUGACCAGGCCCACGAGAGGACAGUCAGCACAGACAUACUCCUCGGCCUCCUCAAGGACAUCCUGCUGCACAGGCCAGAGCUCCGAGUGGUGGUCCUCGCCGUCCCGCCCAUGACUGACAAGCUGCUGAGCCACUACGGCAGCAUCCCGCUCAUCAGUCUGGAGGCCUCGUCUCCUGCCGAGGUAGUCCACAGCAGCAGCGGCAACAAAGACUACUUCUACUCAGCGCUGAGGCUUGUGCUGGAGAUCCAUCGGACCAAAGAGGACGGCGACGUGGUCGCGUUUUUCGCCUCAGCUGAGGAGGUUGACUGCGCCCACAGCAUCCUCCAGAGAGAAUGCACCAGGCUGGGAGCGGAGCUGGGCCAGAUGGUGCCUGUGGUCCUGUGCCCAGGCCAGGGAGGGCAGCUGCCUGAUCUGACUGAGCAACCAAGCUCCAAAAAGUCCAGGAGGGUUUUCCUCUCUACCCCAAAGGGGGAGGAUAUGUGGUGGCCUACAGAGUCCGUCAACUUUGUCAUUGACACAGGAGUCCAGAAAAAGAUGGUGUACAAUCCAAGAAUACGAGCCAGCUCGGAGAUUCUUCAACCCAUCAGUAAAUGUCAGACAGAGCUACGUAAGCAGCUGUCUGGACCAGCAGGCAAAUGUUUCUGCCUGUAUCCGGAAGACAGCCAUCUCCCUGCAGAGACCUCCCCACAGAUCCUGGAGUCCAACAUUACACCAACAGUCCUCUUCCUGAAGAGGACUGCGAUCGCCGGCCUUGGACAGUGUGAUUUCAUCGACAGACCAGAUCCUGAGGGUCUCAUGCAGGCGUUGGAGGAGCUGGACUACCUCGCAGCUUUAGACGACGACGGCAACUUGUCUGAGAUUGGCAUCAUAAUGUCUGAAAUCCCUCUGGACCCUCAGAUGGCCAAAGCGCUGCUGGCGUCCUGCGAGUUCGACUGCGUGAGUGAGAUGUUGACGAUCGCAGCGAUGCUGUCAGCGCCAAGCUGCUUCCUUGAACCACCUGCCGGCAUGACCCACGAGGCAGUUCAGUGUCACAGAAAGUUCCAGCACCCUGAGGGCGAUCACUUCGCCCUCAUAAACAUCUACAACGCCUUCAAGCAAAGCCAGAGAGAACAAUACUUCAGUGCUGAAAAGUGGUGCCAGGACUAUUUCCUGGAUCACUCCGCCCUGAAGACAGCCGAGGCCAUCCGAUCAGAGCUGACAGACACUCUGAACAGGAUCGAGCUUCCCAUCUCAGAGCCCUCCUUCGGGACCAAGACCAACACCCAGAACAUCAAAAGGGCUCUGCUGGCUGGGUUCUUCAUGCAGAUCGCCCGAGACGUGGACGGAUCGGGAAACUACUUCAUUCUGACGCACAAGCACGUGGCCCACGUGCACCCGCUGUCCAGCUACGGGGCUCAGUCACACAAGCUGGGGCUGCCAGAGUGGGUUGUGUUCCACGACUACACCCUGUCAGAGAACAACUGCAUGAGAACAGUCUCUGAAAUUUCGCCUAAAGUGUUCAUCCAAAUGGCUCCGCUGUACUUCUUCUACAAUCUGCCCCCCAGUGAAAGCAAAGACAUACUGCAGGACAUGUUGGACCCGGACGGAUCCAGAAAACGUAAAGACAAAGACCAAAAAGCCGCCACCAUCGGCAGCGACGCCGGCAGCGGCUGUGCAGUGGUGCCGCAGACUUACGACAGAUGUGUGAUUCAGUGAUGUGAAAUCGUAAAUGUGAAAAUGUGCGCUGUAACCUUGUCACCAAAUGCAUUUAUGCUUGUAAAAUGGUUAGUAAAUGUAAAGCAGGGACUGUAAUAUUAAGUUAUUACAUUGUUUAAGUUGUUUUGAUGGUCACAUGCACACGAGCAAAGGCCGCUGACUCUCCCACAGGGUGAGGGUGUUGUCUAGUGAGCUGACAUGCCUCAAAUUGUAGUAAAUGAACACCUUUUAUUAGUUGUGGAACACCCCCCCAUAAGUGCUAGCAUCUGAAGGAGGUUUUCUUGUUUGUUUCUCACCCUUUUCCCUGAUCUGCUCUCCCCUUCAACACUGUCUGUGUGGAAAUCUACGUAUCCUGACAGCUGUUUCGACUUUCCGACUAACCGUCAGCAGAGAGGGGCUGCAGAUGGAUGUCGUCUGUUGCACUGCUUUGAAGGGAGAACACACCUCCUGUGCACAGAACCAUGAAAGAUCCACAUUCAAAGAGAUGGUCUAACACUUUGAUGCAUGUACAAGCUGCUUGAGGCCAGUUUUCAUCUAAUUCCUUUAUUUCUUAUGCAAAGCUGUUCUUUUGAGAGGUGCUGGUAUACCUUUCAGGUUAAUGCGGUAUAUGAGGUUUUGAGACCGCAACAGUAUGUAUGAAUCUACAUGCAGCCAGAUUAACAGAGCAAAUGUCUAUCAAGGCAUGUGGGUAUAUAAUGCAUUUAUUAUUAAUCAGUGGCAAGAGACCUACAGAAAUGCAUUAAUGGAAAAUCCUGGGCACACAUUAAGUUUAAAUUUAAGAUUCUUCUCCUGUGUGUCUCAACAAUCCAAAUUUGUGAAAACUGGCGUUUUACCAACUUAUGUCAUGGAGGACGGAGUAGACGACAGUUUUACCAAUCAGUAAUUUGACUUACUGCCACGUCCCUCCCUCCUCCAUCUGCUCAGACUGGAUUCCAAGCUCACAUAUCAGCUGUUGCUAUUAACACAAAACAUUUCUUAUAUUCAAUUGUCUCGGUUCAUAAUCUUGUAAUAAAAAUCUUUAGGAAAAACA